AUGGUCCACGACGAACACAACUGGCACUAUAAACAGGCACUACAGGAUGCAAAAAACAAAACACCAAUGCCAUGGAUCGGCAUCUAUGUUGCAGUAGCAUCUCUAAUAUGCUCCCUUGCAAUGGCUGCUGAUGUCUUUCACGGGUUUCGCCACAAAAAACUCUGGUUCCCGUGCAAAUUUUUCGUUCUCAAUGCUGCUUCGCUGACAUUGUUAUCUGUAGCAAUGAAGCUGCCAACUGAUCUAAGUACCGACAUGCCAGGCAAAGUGGAUCAGCUGGCAAAACUUAGCAGCACCACUUUUCUGUCUACAGCAAUAGGUAACUUUAUGCCAUCUUUAGGAUCCAUUGAUGAUAAAGAUAUUUUCAUGAACAUAACAGCCUUGACUAUUUUUGUAAUCACCAUUCUUACGAAUAUCUGCAUCCAAUUAGGUACUGGGCUACUAAGUAACUUUCUUCGAGUAGAACAUACUGCUGUAAUAUUUUGUAUGCUUGUUUUGUUUGUUAUAUCGAGUUUCUCUGCUUUGACGGUCUCAACGACUAAAAAGCACAUACAGAUGAAGUACACUGAUGUACAUAAAAAGGCUUCAAGUGAAGUUUCAGAGGAAACUGAAACGUUCACUGUCGAGAAGCUGAAAGAGAAUGUGAAAAAAUAUUGGAUGAUGGCAGAAACCGGUAAUCCUCAAUUUGUGAUGGCGCGUUCUGUGACCUGCUCUGCUUCAGGGGCAAUAUGCUCUCUGACCACAUUCAUUCUAGCAGAAGCGGAGAUCAGGACAUUCUUGACGUCCACAAAUUAUCCAUACUAUUUCAAUUCGGAUUAUAAGUCGUCAAUCUUCUUCGUUCUUGUGAUUCAGUCUAUAGGGGUGCUAAUAGGUACAAUUGGUCCAACCUUUAGAUGGUUCACUGCAAUAAGAUCGAAACUCUCAGAGGGAAGAGGCAAGAGCAGCAAAAGUGUCUUGAAAGCAGAGAAGUACUGGAUGGAAAGGCUUGUGUGGUGGAGAGAGAGCCCCUUAGCUUUACGAAUCCGGGGCCAAAAGCGCAGAAAAGUUGUUCACAUCACAAAGAAUCUAAUUCUGGACUUCUGCAUUAAUGUUCAGAAGGUGAUUGUCGCGGCUAGCAAAUCCGUUUUGCUAGUCUCCGUUCUCUUAAUAAACCCGCUGUGGUCAUGUUUCCACUACUACAGAGUGUUAAAGCGAAAGCUGGUAUCUAAGCCUAGUGCCUCAAACAAUAACACAGGAUCAGAAUCAGAAUUCGGGCCUAAUGCAAAGCUAGAUCUUAGCUGUUACGUUUUGUAUCUCGAAGGUGAGGAGGAACUAGCCCUGCAGAUUAUGAAGAAUUACAGAAAUGCCACAGAUCAUUUUUUGCUUAAUGGUAGAAAGAAGCACCCGAAAUAUCUGAAACAGCUUGUAGAAAAAUCCACUGGUUUCAUGGGGGUGGCAAAAUUUGACAGUGAUCGAGUUCCAUCUCUAAAUUCUGAAGAACUGCCUAAUUAUUGGUCUCUUCCUGUGGUCACCUUAACAACUAUUGCCAUAGCACUCCCGAACAUUGGAAAUCAUGAGGUGGACCGGUUACUUCGAAGCAUUAGUGAAGGCCUCUUGUAUGUCAGUCAUGUAGAAAAAUUUCUUGAUGGCAAAGGAGAAAUGGUAAACAUCAGAAAUGCAGCAAAUAUAGUGUGGUUAGAAGUCGACCUUUUCCGCAAGUGGCUAAAUGAAGAUCUCCAGAAAAUGGCUCUUGAACGAAAAACUUCAAAGGAAACUCUUGAGAGACUUGGUGACAUAGCUAAAAACAUUGUCAUGGAAUUCAAGACGAAUAUGACAGGAGAUCUGAAGGAGAACCAUCUGAAUUGGCCCAUUAAGGCUAUUGCUGCUAAUUCAAUGUACCGAGUCAACCAAACUCUGCUUCUAGACCACAUAUGCAACAAUGACGAGACUGAUGAGAGACUGUUCGAGCAAUUAUCUGUCAUGAUCGCUGAUAUACUAGGUGCUUGCCUCACCAAUUUGCCACGUGUAAUAAAUAUGAAAUGCUUUUGCAGUGCCAUAGAAAAGAGGGAGAAGAGCGUUCAGCAUGCAGCUCAUCUUCUUGGCGAAACUGAAGAGAUUCUGGAAGUCCUUCAACACUAUGAACUUCCUCCUCUGAAUCCUGAUGAAGCAGCAUAUAUCGAUGAGUGGCGUGCUUUAAUCAAACAGGAAAUGCAGAUAACUAUUGUGUAG